AGUUAAAGUGUUGUUUAUAGGAUCAAGGUUCUGUUGUAGGAAAGGAGGAAACUCGAAAGAGUACAGGUUUUCCACUUUCUCCUGCUGCUGGUUUUUCUCAUCUUAAUCAUGUGGCUGGAUUCUUUGUUGCUGAGUCUCGAUCUCAAGGGGAUAUUCCUGUUUAUUUUUCUGUUCAUACUCGUUGCAGACUUCCUCAAAAGCAGGAAUCCACCAAAUUAUCCCCCAGGACCUCUAGCACUCCCCCUUGUGGGGAAUCUCCUCAGUCUGGACAGUAAACAUCCCCACAAGUACUUCACCAAGUUGGCCGACAUCUACGGGAAUGUGUUCAGUGUCCGCCUCGGCAGUGAUAAGUGGGUGUUUGUGUCAGGUUAUAAGAUGGUGAAGGAAGCCCUCAUCACACAAGCUGAGAACUUUGUGGAUCGGCCCUACAGCCCAGUUUCAGACAGGUUUUACACAGGAACCACAGGAGGUCUAUUCAUGAGUAAUGGUGAAAUAUGGAAGAGGCAGCGGCGGUUUGCAUUGUCCACAUUACGCAGCUUUGGUUUGGGUAAAAACACCAUGGAGCAGUGUAUUCGUGAGGAGAUCCAAUAUCUGCGAGAUGAGAUCGAGAAAGACAAAGGGGGGCCUUUCAAUCCAGGAGGUCUUUUCAACAACGCUGUGUCCAACAUCAUCUGCCAGCUGGUCAUGGGGAAACGCUUCGACUACAGUAACCACAACUUUCAGAUGAUGCUCAAGUUUCUGUCAGAGCUUCUUCAGUUGGAGGGAUCUAUAUGGGCUCAACUGUACGAGUCAUUCCCACGGCUAAUGAAGCACUUGCCAGGUCCUCACAACACAAUGUUCACCGACUUCAACUUCAUCCUGGAUUUCAUUAGUGAGGAGGUAGAGAGGCACAAGCAGGACCUGGACCGCAACAACCCCCGGGACUACAUCGACGCUUUCCUCAUCGAAAUGGAAAAGCACAAAGAGUCUGACCUGGGCUUCACUGAGUCCAACUUGGCUUUGUGCUCCUUGGAUCUGUUCCUGGCUGGAACAGAGACUACCUCCACCACUUUGCUUUGGGCUUUGGUUUACCUCAUGAAAAACCCAGAUAUCCAGGAAAAGGUCCAUGCAGAGAUAGACAAGGUGAUUGGACAGAGCCGCCUACCCACCAUGGCAGACAGACCCAACUUACCCUACACCGACGCAGUCAUCCAUGAGAUCCAGAGGCUGGGAAACAUCGUUCCUCUAAACGGACUCAGAACGGCAGCAAAGGACACAACACUGGAUGGUUACUUCAUUCCCAAGGGUACAUCCCUGAUGCCCAUGCUGACGUCUGUGCUGUUUGACAAAAAUGAAUGGGAGACUCCGGACACCUUCAACCCUGGCCACUUCCUGGACGCAGAGGGAAAGUUUGUAAAAAAAGAAGCGCUGCUGCCGUUCUCUGCAGGGAAGCGUGUGUGUCUCGGAGAAGGCCUCGCCAAGAUGGAGCUGUUUCUGUUUUUCGUUGGUUUAUUGCAGAAGUUUUCCUUCUCCGUUCCUGAAGGAGUGGAGUUGAGUACAGAGGGCAUCACUGGAGCCACACGAGUACCACAACCCUUCAAAGCUUACGCCAAAGCUCGCUGAAAUAUGCACUGAAUAAGUGUUGUGUGUCACACUCUUUCAAUAGUUGGAUGUAGAUACUUUUCUGUCUAAUCUAAUUGUCUAGUGUCACUGUCACCUAUCAAAAACACAUGAAUAAAAACAUAUUAUGACAUAAGCUUAA